AUGGCGACUCUCAACGUCAAGGAUGCGCUUUCCUACCUGGACCAGGUCAAGGUCCAGUUUGCAGAGCAUCCCGAUGUCUACAACCGUUUCCUUGAUAUUAUGAAAGACUUCAAGAGCCAAUCUAUAGAUACCCCCGGUGUCAUCGAGAGGGUCUCCACCCUCUUCCGCGGUCACCCCAGCCUCAUCCAGGGCUUCAACACAUUCUUGCCUCCCGGCUACCGCAUCGAAUGCAGCUUGGACCCCAGCGAGAGCAACCUCAUCACCGUCACUACACCUACCGGCACAACCACCCAAACACCAGGUGGCGUCGGCAUCGCAGGCGAACUCAAGCGCAUGAGCGGAGCUGCCUCCGGCCCGCCUCCAGGGCCUUCCAGCCAAUCCUCCGCUCCUCGAGGCCCUGGCGGGAUGGGCAUGGGUCACAGCUCAGCACCUCGACACGCCGAGCAGCCCCCUCCGCACAUGCACGCUCCUCCUCCGCAUGCUCACGACGGUCCUCCCGGUGCCAUGCCCUACAUGGGCGGGCCUCCGGGUCAUCCCAUGGGUCACGGUCCUGGCGGCAACUUCUCCGGCCCUGGCGGUCCUCAGCACCCUGGUCAUGGCCCAGGACCUGGCGGUGCCAUGGGCCCGAUUCCUCCUCACCAUGGCCACGGCCGCCCUCCGUCACCGAUGCCCAUGGGUCCCGGCGGUGGCGGCGGCGCUCCGCCUGGAGGAGCCGGCCCCAGCGGCCACGCAGGCGUCCACGGUGGCCCAACCGGGCCUAUGACCCCCGUUCAAGACCCCAAGCGUCCGCCUGUCGAGUUCAACCACGCCAUCAACUAUGUCAACAAGAUCAAGCAGCGAUUCUCUCAGGAUCCCGACACCUACAAGCAAUUCCUCGAGAUCCUCCAGACGUAUCAGAAGGAGCAACGCCCCAUCCACGACGUCUAUGCGCAAGUCACGGUUCUGUUCGACAGUGCCAAGGAUCUCCUCGAUGAGUUCAAGCAGUUCCUUCCCGACACCACGGCAGGAGCCCAACCCAGCGGCGGUCUCUUCAACAUGCUUGGUCAGGUCACGUCGGGCCUCGGCGGCAACGCGGCUGGUGGACCGCCGCCCGGCGUCAUGCAAGGUCAGCAAGGCUACCGAGCUGGAGAGGGCCCUGACGCCAGUCGUAAGUCGGGAUCCGCCACGAUGCCUGGUGCAGCCGGUGUGCCUUCGUCCGGCUCGCGCAAGAAGCGAAGCGGCGCCAACGAGUCGGGCAAGCCUGGUUCGGGCAAGACCAAGAAAUCCAAGCACGGUCACAAGGCCGAGCAGCGCACUCCUCCUCUCCGACAGGAGCCCAUGCCGGCCUCGCCCACCUUUGCGCACCCUGGUCAGAUGCACCACGUCUACGGCAUCGAUGGUAUGGUCGCUGCCGAAGCGACGGGUCUCGUUCCCCCAGGCACCGUCGUCAACGGUCUCGCUCUGGGUCAGCCGCAGGCUCCCCUGGCUACGCUCGACGAGGUCGCCUUCUUUGAUCGCGUCAAGAAGCACAUUGACGACCGCACCACCUACCUCGACUUCCUCAAGCUGCUCAAUCUCUACACCCAGGACAUCAUCGACGUCAAGACGCUCGUCGAUCGAGCCGCCCUCUUCAUCGGCGGCAAUCGCGAGCUCUUCGCCACGUUCAAGGGUCUCUGCGGCUACGACAUGGGUCGCCAUGGUUGGCUCGACAACGAGGAUCCCAUCGUCGAAAACGUGCCUGCGCCGCUGCGGGAGCGCGUCGACCUCAACAACUGCAAGGUCUACGGCGCCUCGUAUCGCAAGCUGCCCAAGUCCGAGGUCAACCUCGCCUGCUCCGGCCGGGAUCCCAUGUGCUGGGAGGUCCUCAACGAUAGCUGGGUCAGCCAUCCCACCUGGGCUUCCGAAGGCGAAGGCUUCAACCCGCACAAGAAGAACCCCUACGAGGACGCACUCUACCGCUCUGAGGAGGAGAGGCACGAGUACGACUACCACAUCGAGGCCAACCUCCGCACCAUUGCGCUGCUCGAGCCCAUCGCUGCGCGCAUCUCGACCAUGGACAAUGAAGAGAAGGCCGCUUUCCGACUCAAGCCGGGUCUUGGCGGUCAGAGCAAGAGCAUCUACCAGCGCGUCAUCAAGAAGGUCUACGGGCGUGAGCAGGGCCUCGAGGUCAUCAAUGCGCUUCACGACACUCCGUGCGUGUCCGUGCCUAUUGUGCUGCACAGACUCAAGCAGAAGGACGAGGAGUGGAAGCGAGCGCAGCGCGAAUGGAACAAGGUCUGGCGCGAGGUUGAUGCGAGGAACUACUACAAGAGUCUCGAUCACCAAGGCGUCAACUUCAAGGCUUCCGACAAGAAGGCCAUCACCGCCAAGGCGUUCAUCGCCGAGAUUGAGGCAAGAAAGCUUCAGCAGCAGCAACGCAGACUCAGCAUGGACCCGACGUUGCCACGUCCAAAACCCCGUCACCAGCUCGUCUACGUCAUGGACGACAUGCACGUCCUGACCGACGUCCUCAAGCUCGCCUUUAGCUAUCUCGACCGAGCCACCGGAAGCUACAGCUCCAACGAUCGAGAGAGGAUCGAGGCUUUCCUGCGCGCCUUUGUGCCCAAGCUUCUUGCUGUAGACGCGGCCGAAUUCGAAGAGCUGCUCAACGGCGACGUCGACCUGGACGACGACGAAGCCAAGAGCACCGCCGACGACGAUGCCAGGAGCGAAGGCACCGCUGGCGAUGACGACACCGAUGCCUCGUCCACCGCUUCGGGCUCCGCUGCUCGAAGGGGCAAGAAGCAGGCUGCGGAUCUGCGCAAGAAGAUCCUCAAGAAUCAGGCCGAGACUUCCAAGCAGACCGAGGAUGGCGCCGAGGAGUCGGCCGAUGCCACCGGUGCCGCGGCCUCCGCCAACGCUCGCGCCUCGAGCCCCACCAUUGUGGCCGAUGUGGACACGGCCGUCGAAGCGCUCGCCAAUCAGACUUCAAACACGGUGGCGCCCGCCGUUUCCGAGGAUGUGGACAUGGAAGAUGCGCCCAAGGCGGUUGAGAUUGCUGUCAUCCCUUCCGGAGAAGAGUCGGCAGCCAAGGCUCCUGUCGCGGAUGCCGCUCAAGCCACCGAGGCCGAGAGCGCAUCGAAAGAAGUCGCCAUGGAGGACAUCGAAGACGCGGCGGAUCCCAAGGCAUCCACGUGGAUCAACACGGAUCUCGACGCCACCUUUGACUCGCAGAAGGGGCACAACGUCAGCGUUCGCGAGAUGGUCGACGACGAAGACGCCUCGGCCACGCCAGCUCGUCCCGUCAACUUCUUCUGCAACAGCCAGUACUUUGUCUUCAUCCGUCUGCUGCAGUUGCUCUACUCGCGUCUGCACAAGGUUAAGGCGCUCGGUGCUCAGAUGGCCGAGAAACAGCCCCAGCGCAGCAAGAUCAAUCCGCUCGCCAUCGAGCUCGGGCUUCAGGAUGGUGGGAGCGGGCCAGCCGCAGUGGUCGGCGCGGCUGCCAACUCGUCGAGCCUUGGGCCCGUGGCACCCACCAACGAGGAGGCCGGUCUCACGCUCCACCCUUCGCGCUACUACGAUACGCUGCUCGACAUGUGCGAGAAGCUGUUUGACGGCGACGUCGACCAAGGCACGUACGAAGAGAGCGCCCGCUACAUGUACGGCAUCGAGGGCUACAUCGUCUUUACGCUCGACAAGGUGAUCGGUGCCAUGAUCAAGGUGGUGCAAUUCCUCACCACGGACAGCAAGUGUCAAGAGAUGCAGGCCAUCAUGGAGGCCAACCGCACCAACGCGCAGAGCACGCUGACGAGCUAUCGACAGCAGAUUGCGGACCGCAUGGCGGCCGAGGGCCUGAUCGGCAAGGACGAGAGCCUGUUCCGAUUGGAAUGGGUUCCUUCGUCGUGCACGCUGCUCGUCCAGAUGCUCUCGAAAGACGAUCUCACGCUCGACGAUGCUAGGACGGUCGAGCAGAGCUGGCUGCACUACAUGUCGAGCUUCAGCCUGUGGACGCCCACGGAGGGGCUGCCGGCCGAGGCGCAUGCUCCGUUCAUCAAGCGCUCGCUCUCUGGCAACGGCACCGCGGACAACGACGCUGCUGAGACGCGCUACGUUACGCGCAGCGGGCUCGAGAUUCGCAUCUGCCUGCGCACGUUCAAGCUUUUCUUUGCUCACGGCACCGAGGACGUCUUCGUCCGGAUCCGCGCGGACGAGGAGAAGAGCGAGCUGGAUCGCAAGGCUGCGGUGGUGAGCAAGCGAAGGACACAGCGUUGGAAUGACUGGCUGGCAGCACGCCGCCACGCCAUCGACAAUCCCAACGGCGCCACUGAAGCCGUCGAGGAGCAGGCUGAGGUGGUCGAGGAGGCUGCGGCUCCCAAUGGGACCGAGGAGACUGCUCCCGCUGCCGAGGCCACUACCGAGGCCUAA